AUGGCACCCCAAAUGUCAUACAAGCAUUCUGGUGUCAAGGAAGCUGCAAGGAAAGACGAGACGGGGAUGGAGACAUGGUCGGAUUUCAAAUAUUCUGCAACACAACUCGACUUGGCAGGAGUCAAGUUCCAGGCAGGUAAUCUGGAAGACCUAUUCGACAUCAAGUUCAGUAAAGAUCGACGCUAUUGUUUUCGGGUGUGUAAGAGGGGUUGUUUUGAAAUCCCACCUUUUCGCGUUGAUGACUACACUGCCACAUUCUUGAGAAACCUCAUUGCUUUCGAGCAAAGUUGCAUUGGUAUAAAGGAUCGAAAAUUCACUUCACAUGCUUUUCUCAUGGACAAACUCAUCAACUCCCCAGAGGAUGUUGGAUUGCUUGAGGAAGUUGGUAUAAUACGCAAUGGUUUGGGAUCAACGGAAGAGGAAUUUCUUGUCUUCAACAAUAUCUGCAAGAAUGUGAGUCCAAACGAUUCCAGCUUCCAAGAGCCAUGCAAGGAGGUAAGCAACUAUUGCAAGCAAAGCUGGCCAAAAUUUGCAGCAAAACUGAGACGUGAUUAUUUUGGUAGUCCAUGGACGAUCAUUUCAAUAAUUGCUGCUUUCUUCCUCUUUGCGCUCACAUUGCUGCAGACCAUCUACACCUUGCUUUCUUAUUAUUAA